AUGCAUAUCAAUUAUGAUUUGUCAGCUGAUCUUACAAUAUGGCUUCUUUCAAAUUCGGAAUGUAUUAUUUCAUUCUUUUAUAACCAUAGUUAUAUUGGAGACAAGAAUUCAGAAGGUACAACGUUCUGGUUAAUACAAGAGCGUAAAGAAUAUCUAUACUUUCAAUGGAUUCCAUUUCAAAGAGAAUAUUAUGGUGCUUUAUUUCUUGAACAAGAGGAUGAUGUUUCACGACAAAUGACAGAUGAUCUAGAAGAGGCAAUGUUAAUGACUGUUGCUCCAGCAUGUAAAAAUCAAAAGUACUCUCUGAGGCAAUCAGUAGGCUAUGCGAUAGCUGGUUAUUAUGAUAAAGAAUCAAGGGAACUAAAUUUUAAUCGAAUUUUCAGAUUGGAACGAAUUACAUUUGAAACAAACGAUGAUAAAUCUACCUCUUUAAUAUGGAUAAUUAAUGAUAAAAUUUGUUCAACAGAAGAUUUAAUAAUAAUAUUUAAAAAAGAUUCAACAGGAUUUCAUCGAAUGUAUACUAUUUCUGCUAAUGAAAGAAAUUAUCAUUUUACAAAUGGAUUACAUGAUGAUGAACAUGUUAUUAUUACUACUUAUCAUGAACAUGCAUUCGGUUUAUCUGAAUUAGGAAAAGAAGACAAGAAUAUUGGUAUAAUUGCUGCAGGCUUCUGGAAACCAGUGAUUAUUGGAGUGCUUUAUUUUGUCAUCUGUAUAUGCAUCAUUCUAUGCAUAUUCUUUACAUGUAAACGUUGA